CGCCUAAGAGGACAGCAGCUUGACUUCCUUGGUUCAGGAACUCUUAAUAGCCAGAGGACUCUGGUGACGAAACCCUUGGGUGCAAGGAACACCAUAGAAGAAGGAAACUGUGCUAGGGCGAGGGACUGUGGUUUCUUAAGGGCCAGAGGCUCCGGCUUUAAGAAGGGGCUACACACAAAAAAAAACAAACAACAAAAAACGAGGAGGAGGAGGGGAGGCUACCGACGGAGUUAAGCAAAGGAAAUCUUCAACAACGCGUGGAGCGAGGAGUGAGCAGCGAGAAGCGAGGAGUCGAUUUCCAACUCAGAGCUUGUCCCAGCCUACACCCUGGGUGGGCCUAGGAAUCUCGUUUACAGUUGCUGUAGAAGGAUCAGGCCCUUCUCUGGAGGCAAGCCUGGCUGCGGUUUGUGCUGCCUUUCAGGGAAAGUGAAGCCCAGGGGGCAUGCUUCUUGCUAGGCUACAUCCUGCUGAGAUCCUACAGAUUUAGUUAUCUCUCCUUAACACCUGGAGCUACCGCUGAGUCCCUUUGUGCCCUGCACUGAACAAGCCAUACCUACCCACAAGCCUCAUUGGAACAGAACCAUGGGGCAUCCCCCGCUGGAGUUCCGCGACUGCUACCUGGACAGCCCAGAUUUCCGCGAGAGACUCAAGUGCUAUGAGCAGGAGCUGGAGAGGACCAAUAAAUUCAUUAAAGAUGUGAUUAAAGAUGGCAACACCCUUAUCAGCGCUAUGAGAAAUUACUCCUCUGCUGUUCAGAAAUUUUCCCAGACCUUGCAGUCUUUUCAGUUUGAUUUCAUUGGGGACACAUUGACUGAUGAUGAGAUUAAUAUUGCUGAAUCCUUCAAAGAAUUUGCUGAGUUGCUCAACGAAGUAGAAAACGAGAGGAUGAUGAUGGUACACAAUGCUAAUGAUUUGCUGAUCAAGCCCUUGGAAAAUUUCCGGAAAGAGCAAAUAGGCUUCACCAAGGAACGGAAAAAAAAAUUUGAAAAGGAUGGUGAGAGGUUUUAUUCUUUGCUGGACCGCCAUUUACAUCUGUCUUCCAAAAAGAAAGAAUCCCAGUUACAAGAGGCAGACCUCCAGGUGGACAAGGAGAGACACAAUUUCUUUGAGUCAUCUCUUGAAUAUGUUUAUCAAAUCCAGGAAGUUCAGGAGUCAAAGAAGUUCAAUAUUGUAGAACCAGUCUUGGCUUUUCUUCAUAGCCUCUUAAUUUCUAACAGCCUGACUGUGGAGCUCACACAGGAUUUCCUCCCUUAUAAACAACAGCUACAGCUCAGCUUGCAGAAUACGAGAAAUCAUUUCUCCAGUACCCGGGAGGAGAUGGGAGAACUGAAGAGACGGAUGAAAGAAGCUCCCCAGACAUGCAAACUGCCAGGACAGCCGACCAUUGAAGGCUAUCUCUAUACACAAGAAAAAUGGGCUUUGGGAAUAUCCUGGAUGAAAUACUACUGCCAGUAUGAGAAAGAGACCAAGACACUCACCAUGACACCUAUGGAGCAGAAGCCUGGUGCUAAGCAGGGGCCUUUGGACUUAACCCUGAAGUACUGUGUGAGAAGGAAGACUGAAUCUAUAGACAAGAGGUUCUGUUUUGAUAUAGAAACUAAUGAAAGGUCAGGAGCCAUCACUCUACAAGCCCUUUCUGAAGCAAACAGAAGGCUAUGGAUGGAGGCCAUGGAUGGGAAAGAGCCUAUCUACCACAACCCCAUAACAAAACAGGAAGAAAUGGAGCUGAAUGAAGUAGGGUUUAAAUUUGUCAGAAAGUGCAUCAAUGUCAUUGAGACCAAAGGCAUCAAGACAGAAGGGUUGUACCGUACCGUGGGCAGCAAUAUUCAGGUUCAGAAGCUGCUGAGUACCUUUUUUGAUCCCAAAUGCCCGGGGGAUAUUGAUUUUCAUAAUAGUGAAUGGGAUAUUAAGACCAUCACCAGCUCCUUGAAAUUCUAUCUCAGGAAUCUUUCCGAACCUGUCAUGACCUAUAGACUGCACAAAGAACUGGUCUCUGCUGCCAAAUCUGACAACCUGGACUACCGUCUUGGAGCUAUUCACUCCCUGAUAUAUAAGCUACCAGAAAAUAACAGAGAGAUGUUGGAACUUAUUAUACGACAUUUGGUCAAUGUGUGUGAACACAGCAAAGAAAAUCUUAUGACUCCUUCCAAUAUGGGGGUGAUCUUUGGACCAACCCUGAUGAGAGCUCAAGAGGACACUGUGGCUGCCAUGAUGAACAUCAAAUUCCAGAACAUUGUGGUGGAAAUCUUAAUUGAGCACUUUGACAAGAUCUGUUCAGGUCCACCUGAGGAAAACACUGCACCUCCAGUCCCUCCACCAAGGGUGAUGGCAAGAAGACAUAAACCAAUCACAAUUUCAAAGCGCUUGCUACGGGAAAGGACAUUAUUUUAUACUUCUUCCUUGGAUGAAAGUGAAGGUGAAAUCCAACAACAAGCAUUUAAUGGUGCCAGCAAGACCAACAUAGAACCCCACAGGCUGCCACAAUACCCCAAACUACCUUUGCAGAGGAUUGGAGAAACUGCUUCUGGAAAGAAGUCCCCAAGCAGGCCAAUUUCAGAGAGUAAACACUGUCUUGAGGUAGAAGUGGGGAAAUUGGUACCUAGACUGCAGGAUGGAGGAAGUAAAUCCAGUCUAAAGGCCAUCAAUGGACCCAUAGCAGGCCUUGGGCCCACCAAUGUGUCUUCUUUCAACAUAAAGAGACCAGCUCCACGAGUCCUGGCUCACAACAAGGAGGGGGACUCUAACAAUUGUAACAAAAUGCGGCCUCUCGGAGAAAAGCCAACUAUCAUCCGUCCCCCAGUGAGGCCUCCAGACCCUCCCUGCCGGGCAGCUACUCCCCAGAAGCCAGAACCAAAACCAGAUAUUAUGGCUGGCACUGCAGAGGAAAUCCAAUCAUCUGUGGUGGCUUCCAGAACCAGAUUCUUUGAAACAGCUUCUAGGAAAACAGGAAGUUCUUCUCAAGGCAGACUGUCUGGAGAUGAAAGUUGAGGUCACAGGUUUUAAAAGCCUUGGCAUGAAGGGACACUUUCCAGCUCCUGAAACUCUUUAAGCCCUUGUGUGCUGAGCAAUUUUGCCUUGAAGAGCAACUCCUUACUGACCCUGCACUUGCAGGCUCUGAGAGGCCAGAAAAAGGGGACACCUGUCCUGAAUAUAUGUUUAUUUUUCUUUUGCAAUCUGUCUUUAUCCCCUCAAAAGGUCUCUCUUGAAUCCUAUGAAGAGAGAUCUUGCUUAUUCUCCUGUGAGACAAAAUGACUGAACUCCUUCAAGUCAAAUUGCAGAAACCAAGAUAUUCACUGGCUGAACAGAAGAGGGGAGCCCAGAUUUCAGCUCCUGUUUAAGUUCUCUUCCUCAAAGCACAUUGAAAUCAGAAAGAUUUGUGACUAAAUACAGGUCUUAAAGGUCUUAUUCUUAAUUAAAGGCCACUUGGAGCCAUUGCUUACCUUGUGGGUAGACGAGCUGAACAUUGGGGUAUUUUAACAUGCCUUAUUGAGCAUAUGAACAAUGGAAUCCAGCUUCAGCUCAGGCACUGCGGUGUGUUUUUAAGAGCCUGUUUGCUCCUGUUUGAAGGCCCACACAUUUCCUUCAUAUGGACAUGGUGAUGUGGCUUUCCUGCUCUUGCAUUUAGCCACUUAAGACAAAUCUGCAAAGCAUAUUUAGCAUGUCAAAGCCUCAGUAUGUUUCAAUUUUCUCCUGACAGCUUUCUUUCCAAGAAAUCAAGAAAGAAACAAAAGCUCAAAACAUUUAUUUUUAAAGGGCAGACUCUAUUUUACCUAAAGGAGUCCCACUAUUGGAUCAAAUACUGGAGGGGGAAAUUAAGAUGGAUUGAGGCCAGGCAGCUGUCACUGUUGCUUUAGGUUUUCCCUCUGCAGUCCUCAAUCCAGUGUCCAUGAAUUCAGGAACUCUAUGCAAGCCAAUGAAAUAGUAAGCUGAAUUCCAUGACAAUGUUCUUUUCUGGGGAGAUAAUCUUACUGAAUUCCAAGUGGGCUUGUGAGUUAAUAAAGGUUAAAAACCACAGCCCUGAAAAUCGAAGGUUCUUUUUAUAACCAAUUCAGUAUUGGGUUAGUAAGUCUUUGCAAAACUUAGUGUAAGCUCUACAUUUAUAGUUAAUGAAACCGAUGUACAGGAAGUUAGUGGUCAUGCCAAGAUAAAGUCCUUGGGUUCCUGUGCACAUUUCUUCCCAUUGCACCACACUUAUAUAGUGAUGACUUAUGAGUGAUGACUUUAAUGAUCAUCACUUUGGGGUUUACCCUUAUUUUCUGAUCCCCACAUAUUUUCAACCAUGUGGAAAAACUGCAGACACAAAGCCUGCCCAUACCUUCAUUCAUCAUGUCAAUCAUUGGAAAGGAAUGAAAACAAUCCUGUAAAACUGUAGAAGGAAAUCUACUGGAGAAAGUGUUAGUGUGUGUGUGUCCUACCCAGAUCCAUAUCCUGUAUUCAGUAAAUCUAGGUACCUUUCUAUCAAUGCCCUGUGUGUUAGGCCAGGUUGACUAGAGAAACAAAUCCAGUGGCACUUAUAUAUGUGUAAGAAAGAGCUGCAUAUCAA